UGUCCGGGCCGCCCCUCACCGCGCCGCUCCCCCCAGGCGUUCAGCGAGCUGCAGGCCAAGGUGAUCGACACGCAGCAGAAGGUGAAGCUGGCCGACAUCCAGAUCGAGCAGCUGAGCAAGACAAAGAAGCACGCCCACCUCACCGACACGGAGGUCAUGAUGCUGGUGGACGAGACCCGCAUGUACGAGGGCGUGGGGAGGAUGUUUAUUCUUCAGUCUAAAGAAGUAAUUCAUAAUCAGCUCUUAGAAAAACAGAGAAUAGCUGAAGAGAAGAUUAAGGAAUUAGAGCAGAAGAAGUCAUACCUGGAGCGGAGUGUGAAGGAAGCAGAAGAUAACAUCCGGGAAAUGCUGAUGGCCCGAAGGGCACAGUAGCUGUGCGGUUGCCCCUGGGCCUCCCGCAACACCCUCGGUGUGGUUUUGAGCAGCUUUGCU